UCUUCUUCAUUGUCGUCGUCGUGGACGGAGGAAUCCAUCGCGUGUUUCAUGGAGCACGAACGCAACUUCGUCCCCGGAUUGGAGUACCUCUCCAGGUUUCAGUCUCGCUCCCUCGACGCCAACGCAAGAGAACAAUCCGUUGCAUGGAUCCUCAAGGUUCACUCGUACUAUGGCUUUCAGCCUCUGACGGCAUACCUCUCCGUUAAUUACUUGGAUCGGUUUUUGGAUUCUCGCCACCUGCCGCAAACAAGUGGGUGGACUCUUCAGCUUCUAUCAGUUGCUUGUUUGUCUUUAGCGGCAAAGAUGGAGGAACCUCUUGUUCCCUCUCUCUUGGACCUUCAGGUGGAAGGAGCCAAAUACGUAUUUGAGCCGCGAACCAUACGUAGGAUGGAGCUACUUGUUCUUAGUGUGUUGGAUUGGAGGCUGAGAUCAGUUACCCCACUUAGCUUCCUUGGUUUCUUUGCGUGCAAAGUUGAUUCAGCUGGAACUUUUACUCCCUUCCUCAUUUCUCGAGCUACGGAAAUCAUCUUGUCUAAUAUCCAAGAGGCUAGCUUUCUUGCAUACAGGCCAUCAUGUAUUGCUGCCGCAGCAAUACUCUGUGCAGCUAAUGAAAUUCCUAAUUGCUCUCUUGUUAAGCCUGAGAAUGCUGAAUCAUGGUGCCAGGGACUAAGAAAAGAAAAAAUUAUAGGGUGCUACCAGUUGAUGCAAGAACUUAUUGUGAUUCACAGUAAUCGGAGAAUAAAUCCCCCUAAGUAUUUGCCACAGAUGCGAGUAACAACUAGGACCCGAAUGAGGUCGAGUACUACUACUGUUGCAUCAUCAUUCCCCUCGCCCUCUUCUUCAUUAUCCUUGUCUUACAAUAAAAGGAGAAAAUUAAAUGACUGUUUGUGGGUGAAUGAAGAUGAAAAGGGGAACUCCGUGUGAAAAUGAGGGGGUGGGGGAAGAAUAAAUAAUGAGGGAGGGAGAAACAAAAAAGAAAAGGAAGGAAAUAAGGUGGUGGUCCAUGCUGUCUAUGUAGAAACCUCAAAAUUUUUUACAAGGUUUUUUUUUUGUGAUUAAAAAUUGACUCAUGAGUGAUGGUGUAGAUUACUAUAAAGUGUAUAUUGUAUAUGUAUGAUGUGAGUUUGAUGGGUUUGGAGCUUGGAGAAUUUAUAAUUUAUAAUAAUUAUUAUUUCAAGUUGGUUGGCAUUGCCAUUCAUUAAUGGCUUUGCAGAUUCCCUUGGGGAAGGGAAGAUUUUGUAACAUAAAUAGAAUUUGCUCUGAGUGAGAAUUGAGAAAGGGAAAUGCUGUGAACGUAACUAGCUACUGAGUACUGAUAGAUUCAUUUAUGGCUUGGUCUUGCAAUGCAAGUGUGGAUGCAUGGAAAGAAAGAAAGAGGGGGUUGGAGAUUGGACGAAUAUUCAAAGGUUGCAUUGAUUAUUGGUGAAAUAGAUGAAGAUAGUGGAGCCAGGUACGUAAAGUUACAUAAAUAUAUAACUUAAGGGAUUGAAUUUGAAGCUUUGAAGGUUGGGGGGUAGCUGUUCAUCAUUAUUCAUGUCAUCAUAUUAGUCAAGCUUCUCAUCUUUGCCAACAUGCAUCAUUGUUUCUUCUACAGUCAACACUACUCAGCAACAGUUUGGAGUUGGCUACAUUUUGUGGACUUUACUGUGGCACGUGUGCAGAUGGUGCUGUUUUCACGUGCCAAUUACGUGUGUGUGAGUGUGAUAUAUUUUUAUUAAUUUUUUUUUUUACAUUUUUUCUUUAUUUCUUCUUUGGCCUCGGGGUAUGGCCUAACUAUACAGGACUCCAUUGGCUGGUGUCCACGCGUGUGAUGGGAAAUACGUGUUUAUAGGUUUAAACUUUGGAUUUCUUUUAUUUGUUUGAGAGAGAGAGAGGGAUCAUGAGAGAACCCUCUUUUUCAUAGUGGCCUAAAUUUGGCUUAUAAAAAUGAGAGAAAAAGGUCUUUGGGGCCUUUUAUUUGUGUGUGCUUUGUAUUGAAUUCAUUAAUAAAUGACUUUAUUAAUUUCA